GCGCCCCGGCCGCUCUCGGCCCCGGGCAAGGGAAAGCUGAAGCGCCCGCCUGAGCCCCCGGGGAGCGGCGCGGCUUUAGCUUUCGCUUGUCGCGGGGGAGAAGGAGCCACAGCGGCUGACGUGCUUAAAACUCUUCAAUUAAAGAUCAGCCUGUCCACAUAAGGAGUUAUCCUGGUAUCAUUGUAUUCUUCCAUCUGCCUGAAACAUUUUGAAGAACAAAUGGAAGAACUACAUGGCAUGAUGAACAGCUAGAAACAUAGUAGAGGACCUCCAACAGCAGUCAAACUCUGUCUUCUUCUCAAACAAUGGAGCCUUGUACAUCAGAUGAAUUUUUUCAGGCGCUCAACCAUGCUGAACAAACCUUUAAAAAGAUGGAAAACUAUCUGAGACACAAACAGUUAUGUGACGUAGUAUUAGUUGCUGGUGAUCGUAGAAUUCCAGCUCACAGGUUGGUUCUCUCCUCUGUUUCGGACUACUUUGCAGCAAUGUUUACAAAUGAUGUACGAGAAGCAAGACAGGAAGAAAUCAAGAUGGAAGGUGUAGAUCCAAAUGCACUGUGGGCUUUGGUUCAAUAUGGGUAUACAGGUCGCCUUGAAUUAAAAGAAGAUAACAUUGAGUGCCUGUUAUCUACAGCUUGCCUUCUCCAGCUGUCUCAGGUUGUAGAAGCGUGCUGUAAGUUCUUAAUGAAACAGCUUCACCCAUCCAAUUGCCUUGGAAUUCGCUCUUUUGCUGAUGCACAGGGUUGCACUGACUUGCACAAAGUGGCUCACAAUUAUACCAUGGAAAAUUUCAUGGAAGUUAUUAGAAACCAGGAGUUUCUAUUAUUGCCAGCCACUGAAAUUGCAAAGCUCUUAGCAAGUGAUGAUAUGAAUAUUCCUAAUGAAGAAACUAUACUGAAUGCACUCCUUACAUGGGUUCGGCAUGAUUUGGAACAGAGAAGGAAGGAUCUUAGUAAGCUGUUGGCUUAUAUUAGGCUGCCUUUGCUUGCUCCACAGUUUCUGGCAGAUAUGGAAAAUAAUGCACUCUUUAGAGAUGACAUUGAAUGUCAAAAACUCAUUAUGGAAGCAAUGAAGUACCAUCUGUUACCAGAGAGACGACCCAUGUUACAAAGUCCUCGCACAAAGCCUAGAAAGUCAACAGUAGGAGUAUUGUUUGCAGUUGGAGGAAUGGAUGCCACAAAAGGUGCUACAAGCAUUGAAAAGUACGAACUUCGUACCAAUAUGUGGACCCAUGUAGCAAAUAUGAAUGGGAGAAGGUUACAGUUUGGAGUUGCAGUGUUAGAUGAUAAGCUGUAUGUUGUUGGUGGUAGAGAUGGACUAAAGACAUUGAACACUGUGGAGUGCUACAACCCUAAAACAAAAACUUGGAGUGUAAUGCCGCCUAUGUCCACACAUCGUCAUGGCCUUGGUGUAGCUGUACUAGAAGGUCCUAUGUAUGCUGUUGGAGGACAUGAUGGCUGGAGUUACCUGAACACAGUAGAAAGAUGGGAUCCACAGGCUCGUCAAUGGAACUUUGUGGCCAGUAUGUCAACUCCAAGAAGUACGGUUGGUGUAGCAGUGUUAAAUGGAAAGCUUUAUGCAGUUGGUGGUAGAGAUGGAAGUUCUUGUCUGAAAUCUGUGGAAUGCUUUGAUCCUCAUACUAACAAGUGGACUCUCUGUGCUCAAAUGUCAAAGAGAAGAGGAGGAGUAGGCGUAACUACCUGGAAUGGGUUCCUGUAUGCUAUAGGUGGACAUGAUGCUCCAGCCUCAAACUUGACAUCCAGGCUGUCGGAUUGUGUAGAAAGGUAUGAUCCAAAAACUGACAUGUGGACUGCUGUGGCUUCUAUGAGCAUUAGCAGAGAUGCAGUGGGAGUGUGUCUUCUUGGUGACAAAUUGUAUGCUGUGGGAGGAUAUGAUGGGCAAACCUAUCUUAAUACAGUGGAGUCCUAUGAUCCCCAGACCAAUGAGUGGACACAGGUUGCACCGCUGUGCCUAGGAAGAGCUGGAGCAUGUGUUGUAACUGUAAAACUCUAAUUAUUUUCAAUAGGAAGAUACUGUUCUCCAUAGACUCAGUACUAGUGAAUUAAAAAUUAUCACUACACAUGAGGUACAGUGUACCUACUACCUUCUACAGAGCCAGCUGUUUGGUCUUAAGCUACCCCAUAUAUAAGCAUUGUUCUAAUGGACCAAUAUUAAGCACUUUAAAAAAAAAAUUACUAUUUCCCUGUGUGUGCAAGAACUUUAUUUGAAAGGUUAUCAGCUGCAGUCAGCUGGCUGCCAGCAGGUACUUUAUUAGAAAAUACUAAGAAACUGAGUCUAUUCUAAAAUAAUUGAGUGUUACAGAUUAAGGAUCUGAACCUGUACACAUGCAGAGCAGCAUCUUCUAUUCACAAAGUAGUCUCUUGAUUUUAAUGGGCCUACUCCAGAUGAAAGAGUUUGCAGGAUUAGGCACUAGAUACUUAAUUUGCCUGUAAUGAAGGUGUCUAAAAUGCUAUUUUUACAAUGCAGACAUACAAACCAAUGCAAACCAGUUUUAAAUGGCAGGCAUAGAAUUUGCCUUGGAAAUGAAGGUAUACAUUUAGUGACUAUAUUGCACUUUUUCACCAUAACUAAGGGUCAGCAACCUUUUUUAUUUAACCAAAGCCUUAUUUUAAAUAUUGUUUUAUUAUGCUAAAAUCUGCUAUUUAAAUAUUUUCUGCAGGAGCUUUGCAGUAUUCAGUGCACUCUCUGAAUUUUUAAAGAUUUUAUGUAACAUGCAGUGUCAUAAAUUUCUCUCCACUUAAUUCCAUUUAAUCUUAUUUACUUGAUUACAAUUCCUUGUUGUGGAUUUUUCUUUACAAAUAUGUUAACUAAAGAGUUCUGAAUUGUGACUAAAAGGGACCCUGUAGACGUUUAAUAAGAGCACUUUGGGAACUCCUGAGCAUUCCAUUGUAUUAAGAUUAAAGAAGACAUGUUUUUCUUUAAAUGUUUUGAAAUGGGAAUUUGCACUAAUUUGAAACAUACAGUUUUAUAAAGUGUAUGGACACUUGUGGUGGUGAUGUUUUGGGGGUUUUUUUCUCCCUGUAAAGUUACUUCAACAAAUAAUGGGCCUCAGUCCUGCAAGGCACUAAGUGCCCUCAGUAGAGGAUGUUCAGCAUCUUGUAUGACACUGGCAGUGCCUCACAAGAUCAGACCCAAUUAGUUAUAUUACUUAACAUCUAUAUUUUUAACUUUCUUUGAAAUACUUUAUAAUUUGCCUUUUGGGAUUGAGUGUUACAUUUUAUUAGAAUUGCUUGGGUGUUCCAAAUGUUCUCUGAAAGUCUUUUUUGUAUUUGCUUUUCUGUGCCUUGUUUCUUAUGUUUUCAUAUAGUAUAUUGUGUUUCUUUGUAAUGGAAAAUAUGAAGAUGUGACUCACUGAAUGUCUUUGAAAGUAAGUUUAAUGUGUCUGAUACCCAAAGUCUUUGUAAAUUUAUAAUUUUUAAAUACAAAUGUGAAUGUUAAUGCUUUCAAUGAAGUAUUUAUUGUUUUAAAAGAAAUUAUG